CAUCUACGCUCACGCUGGCAUUAGGAGGAGGAGCAGCAGCAGAUGGCAUCUUACAUACUUGAAACUGUUGUUUAAGAAGCCGCUUAAGUCACAAAACUCCUUCAUAACAACACUGACGUGGAAAAUGUUCGUAUGCACUUCUCUUACUCGCAGCUCUGUUGCUUUUCGCAGCUGUAGGACAUUGGUGCUGGUGCGAUAUGCCCAGACAGCAGCUGCCCCUGCCCCUGAGCCAAAAAUAAAGAAAUUUCAGAUUUACAGAUGGGACCCUGACACAUCUGGUGACAAGCCCCGCAUGCAAACCUAUGAGGUUGAUUUGAACACAUGUGGUCCAAUGAUUCUUGAUGCCCUCAUCAAAAUUAAAAAUGAAAUGGACCCGACACUCACCUUCAGACGCUCAUGUAGAGAGGGUAUCUGUGGCUCAUGUGCUAUGAACAUCAAUGGGGGCAACACUUUAGCCUGUAUAAACAAAAUAGAUACAAAUACCAGCAAAGUGUCAAAGAUUUACCCUCUACCUCACAUGUAUGUUGUGAAAGAUCUUGUCCCUGAUAUGAGCAACUUUUAUGCACAGUACAAGUCCAUUGAGCCCUAUCUAAAGAAGAAGGAUGAGUCAAAGCAGGGAAAAGAGCAGUACCUCCAGACAAUCGAGGACCGUCAAAAGCUGGAUGGCCUGUAUGAAUGCAUUCUGUGUGCCUGCUGCAGCACUAGUUGUCCUAGUUACUGGUGGAAUGGAGACAAGUACCUUGGUCCAGCUGUGCUCAUGCAGGCGUAUAGGUGGAUGAUUGAUUCUCGUGAUGACUUUACAGAAGAGCGUCUGUCCAAAUUACAGGACCCUUUCUCACUCUACCGCUGUCACACAAUAAUGAAUUGUACAAAGGCAUGUCCCAAGGGACUCAAUCCCGGAAAGGCCAUAGCAGAGAUUAAGAAAAUGAUGGCGACUUACAAAGAAAAGAGAUCGUCUGCCAUCUGACUUGUACAUUCGGGAAAUAUAAUGUACUUAAUGAUUUCAAUUAUUGUGUAAAUGUGUAAAUCCAGUAUGGAGUGUUCUGCUAAUAUGGGAUAUUUAGUUUUUAUUUUGUUUGAUAGUAGAGACCUAUAGUUACUGCUAAUGUAAAACAAAAAAAUGGAUUGAGGUUAUUAUACUGUAAUGAGUAUCAGAAUGCAGGAAGCUGUAAAAAAUGUCAUAAUAUACAACAUGUAAUAACAUAAUAUUUGUGUCCUAGUUUGUGUGGUAGAUUCCUACUGUACAAGUACUGUCCUACAACUUUGCUUGCUAUAAAACAUACUCAAAUAUC